UCUAUAUUUUCGUGUGUUCAUUAUUUUAAAUUUUAAGAACAUCAGAAACUGACGUUUCAUCACUUCGAGUGAGGAGUGCUAAAAGGGAAAUUUUAUUGUGGUCAUUUAUUCGGAAUUGGAGUAUGAGAUAUUGGCCACCUUUCAUUUUCGGAAUAUUAAUUGUUUAUCAAAUAAUUGAACCAGUAGAAAGUGUAGGAUGUAAUUGUACUACAGAUUGUGUUAUUGUGUGUAGUGCGGGGGAAUAUUAUGAUGAAGGCACUUGUUUGAAAUGUCCACCAGGCUAUUACUGUACUGGUGGAUCAGAUCCAAGGACACCGUGUUCCCCAGGAACAGCUAACUCUAAUUGGAAUAGUACUCUGUCGUCUGAUUGUCAAGCAUGCUCAGCCAAUGAAUACAGUGUUAGUGCUGCUGCGGCAUGCACUGCGUGUCCGGCAGGAUUCAGCUGUUCUGCCAACACUCUGACGGCAUGUCCCAGUGGAACAUAUUCCUUGCUAGGAGAAAUGGUCUGUACAACAUGUCCAGCAGGAAAAAUUUGUCUAACAACAACAUCUGCUCCUGUGGAUUGUUCUGCUGGACAAGAGCCAAAUAGUGGUCAAACAGCUUGUAUUAAUUGUAUUGCGGGAAAGUACAAACGACAGUCAGAUGCAUCAUGUCAACCAUGUCCUGCAGGUUCCAAAUGUCCGUCAGAUGGAUUGGGAUCUGCAACUGUUUGUCCUUCUGGAGAAUAUCAGCCUACUCCAGGUUCAUCAACAUGUCAAGAUUGUCCAGCAGGAUCAGAGUGUUCAGAUACCACUACAGCAAAUCAGUGUCAAGCUGGUCAGUUCUCAUUAUCUAGAUCUACAUCAUGUUCACCAUGUGCUUCAGGUUUUUAUAGCAGUGCUGCUGGUGCUUCAAGUUGUUCAGAAUGCACAGCUGGAUAUUACUGUACAUCUACUACACAAACUCAGUGUGGAUCAACUAAAUACAGUGAUGCUGGUGCUACAGUUUGUAAAACAUGUCCUGCUGGUUAUACUUGUCCUGGACCAACAACGUCUGUUGCCAGUCAGUGUACACAAGGAACAUAUGCAGGUGCAGGAGCCACUUCUUGUACAGCCUGUCCUCCUGGUUACCAGUGUCCUCUAGGUGGUACUGAAACUCCAGAAGCAUGCACGAAUGGAACAUAUGCCAGUUCACCAAAUACCAUUACAUGUAGUUUAUGUCCAUUAGGUCAAAAAUGUCCAAAUCCAGCUAAUGCCCCAAUUGAUUGUGUUGAGGGAGAAUACAGUCCACUAGGUAGUAGCGUGUGUAUAGAAUGUCCGGAUGGUGAAUACACUAAUACUGUAAAGUCAGGAACUUGUACUGUCUGCCCUGAAGGUUCAUCCUGCUUGAAUAAAGACACAUUACCAGUUCAAUGUGGAAAAGGAGAAUCAAGUAUCGCUGGUCAGAAGCAUUGUUUAGCUUGUCAACCAGGUACAUAUAAAGAUGUUGUUGGUAUUGGAUCCUGUCAAGCUUGUCCUGCUGGUUCUGAAUGUCCUACAGUCACUGCAAAAUCAACAUGCGUAAACGGUUACUAUUCUCAGGAUGGUGCUACCGCUUGUCUACCAUGUCCAGGAGGUUAUAAAUGUCCUAAUAAAGAUCAGUCACCAAUUCUAUGUACUGCUGGUACCUAUUCCAGUAAUGCCAGUCAGACUUGUACAGACUGUGAAGCUGGGUAUAAGUGUCCAGUAGAGGGAUUAAAUGAUCAGAUAGCAUGUCCAGCAGGCUGGUAUCAAACAUCAACUGGUCAGACAUCAUGUAUUGAAUGUGGUCAAGGUGAAAAAUGUACUGAUAGAACCAGUUCUCCUGUAUCAUGUCCACCAGGUCAAUAUCAAGAUGGUAGAGGUUUAGAAACAUGUAAAUCUUGUCCAGAUGGCUAUUAUGCUAUAGGAACAAAAACUGUACAAUGUACAAAAUGUCCAUCUGGUUCUAAAUGUCCUGAUCCAACUCAACUACCAGAGCCUUGCUCUUCAGGAGAGUAUUCUACAGCCGGAUCUACAGGGUGUCAGAUCUGUCCAGCAGGUACUUCAUGUGGAAGUGGUACAGUUUCAACAUGUGGCAGUGGUGAAUAUUCAAAUGGCACAAGUUGUGUUCCAUGUCCAGUAGGCUACAAAUGUCCAUCUUCAAUUUCGGGACCUCAGGUUUGUCCGAGUGGGACAUACCAGAAUCAGGAAGGACAAGUCAAUUGUUUAGAUUGUCCCCAAGGUAAAUCGUGCUUCGAUGUAUCUACAACACCAGUAGAUUGUGUAGCAGGAUAUUUCAGUGCAUCAGGUGAAGCAGCUUGUUCAAGAUGUCCAAGUGGAUUUUACAGCACUGCUGCAUCAGGUUCAUGUACACCAUGUCCUGCUGGUAAGAAAUGUUUUGAUGGUACUAACUAUAUAACACCCACAGAUUGUGAUGCUGGUAAAUACAGUCCUGGUAGUCAAUCAACUUGUUCUUCUUGUGAAGCAGGAACAUACAGUUCUGCUGGAGCAUCAUCGUGUUCCUUAUGUCCUGCGGGAAAACAAUGUUCUGAUCCUAGUGUUACACCACAAGCUUGUUCAUCAGGUUAUUACAGUACUCAGGGCAAGAACAUAGCUUGUACAGUAUGUCCAGCUGGCUACCAGUGCUCAAGUGCAUCAUCAUUACCAUCUGCCUGUACUCAAGGUACUUAUGCACCAGAAGGACAGACAUCAUGUUUACAAUGUCCAGCUGACCAGUCAUGUUUAGAUCCUUCAAAAACACCAUCCAAUUGUCCAUCUGGCUACUACAGUCCAUUGGGAUCUGCUGAUUGCUUGAUAUGUCCAGCUGGUAAAGAAUGUAAUACGACACAGUCUACAUUAAGUCCUUGUAAUUCUGGUUACUACAGUUUAGAAGGAGAAGAAAUGUGUAAAGCUUGUCCGGCUGGUUCCAUGUGUCCGUUCCCUAGUAUACCACCUAUAACAUGUAAACCUGGUACCUAUUCUCUUGGUAGUGGUAUAACAUGUACAGAAUGCCCAGCUGGUUCCAAAUGUGUUUCGACAAGUACCACACCAGUUGCAUGUAAUACAGGAGAAUAUUCUCUAGGAGGAAAAGUAGACUGUAUAAGUUGCCCAGCUGGUUAUGCAUGUACAACAGCUGAUGCCACACCAGUAGUUUGUGUUCCAGGAACAUACAGUAUAGGAGGUGAAACAGCGUGUAAUAAUUGUCCUACUGGUUACGCUUGUCCAUCAACAACAACAGCAGCUGAUCAACAUAUUUGCACACCAGGAACCUAUUCAACUGGAAGUCAGUCAUCUUGUACAAUUUGCCCUGCUGGUAAAUUUUGUCCAUCGACUACCACAGCUACAGUAACAGAUUGUGCAAUAGGUUUUUAUUCUUACAGUGGUUUUGUUAUCUGUUCAGCUUGUCCUGCUGGCUGGCAGUGCCCAAAUAAAGAUGGUUCACAGAAUUCUCAAUGUGCUGCAGGAUAUUAUUCAAUAGGAAAUGCCAUUGCAUGUACCGAAUGCCCAACAGGAAAGGCUUGUCCUUCAACAAGUUCAGAUGUCAUGGAAACAUGUCCAGCUGGAACAUAUUCUAUUGGGAAACAAUCAUCUUGUACAGAAUGUCCAGCAGGAUUUGCAUGUUCUAGUACAGCAUCCGACACCAAGACAGCAUGUAAUGCUGGUUUCUAUAGUGAAGGUAAAAGAGCUGCCUGUGUGGAAUGUCCAGCUGGUUAUGCUUGUCCUUCUAUUUAUGACAGCUACAAACUACUCUGUUCUACAGGCACAUUUGCUGAAGCAGGCACUACAUCUUGUACAGUUUGUCCAGCAGGAGAACAAUGUCCCAUAAACACGCAAACAGGAACUGUCUGUUCCAAUGGUUAUUAUAGUUUAGGUGGACAAGCAGCUUGUUCACCUUGUCCAGCUGGAUACUAUUGUGGACAAAAAGAUCAAAAACCCACUAUUUGUGAAGCAGGAAAAUACAGUUCUGGUCUGGCUAUAAGUUGUUCUAAUUGUAAUGCUGGUUAUGCUUGUCCUGAAGGAAGUACAAGACCAGAUCCACCAACAGCUGCCUGUCGUCUGGGUUACUAUUGUGCAGAUGGUAAAAUAGAAACAUUUUGUCCAAAAGGAAAAUAUGGUGCAACAAAAGGACUAACAGCAGAAACAGAUUGUUCAGAAUGUCCACAGGGUUAUUAUUGUCCAGAAGGCACUGCUGGCAUUCCUACAUCUAGUUUAUUAUGCCAACAAGGUUCCUAUUGUCCAGCAGGAACUGGAGAUUAUAAAGAAUAUCUAUGUCCAGCAGGAAAAUACUACAAUAACCUAGGUGCCGUUAGAGUAACAGAAUGUCAUGAUUGUCCACCAGGAAGAUUUUGUCCAAUAGGUACUGAUGACCCAUUCUACGAUGCUAAUGUAUGUCCAAGAGGGCACUACUGUCCAUCUGGAACUGGUGCUGCUAAUCCUUGUCCAGCUGGUAAAUAUACUGAAGAAGAAGGGUCAACAGGGUUAGAAUUCUGUAAAAUAUGUCAAGCUGGUUAUUACUGUGAAUCAGGCACAGAUACACCCACAGCCUGCCCUCCAGGGACAUUUAAUGAUCUGACAACCCAGGGUUCUGCACUAUCUUGUAAAGCAUGUUUAAGUGGUUGGGCAUGUACAGAAUAUGGUCUUACAGAACCUAAUAAAAGAUGUUCACCAGGGUACUACUGUCCUGGGAAUAAUUCACUUCCAAAUCAAGAUUCUCCUGAUAAUGCCUGCCCUGCUGGUACCUUUACCAACUUCAAUAACCUCACAGCUAUAGAACAGUGUGAUGAUUGUCCACCUCGGGUAGCAUGUCUUAGAGCAACAGGUGGAACCCAAAAACCACCAGUGGCGUGUGCUAAAGGUCAUUUCUGUCCAUCGAAGACACUUUUUGCAACUGAGCACCCAUGUCUUGCUGGUACCUUCACCAAUCUAACCAACCUUUACAGACAAGAAGAUUGCUACGUAUGUUUGCGAGGUUACUAUUGUGUAGAAGGUUCUUCUGCACCAACUGCUCCAUGUUUUAAAGGGCAUUGGUGUCCAGAUGGAACAAAAAGUGGAGAUGAAUUUCCAUGUCAUGCUGGUUCGUAUAGUAAUAAUACCGGAAAUACACGACAUGAACAGUGUGUUGAUUGUCCUGAAGGUCAUUAUUGUCCCACAGCUUCAGUAUUACCAACAGCCUGUCCUGCUGGAACCUACAAUUCACAGAAAAAAGGAGAGAGUUUACCAAUAUGUUUAGCUUGUAUAGCAGGUUAUUAUUGUCCUGGUGAUGGUAAUAUUGAACCCCUACCAUGUACCAAAGGUAGCUACUCGGACACAGGAGCAGCCAUUUGUUCUCUUUGUGAACCAGGUUAUUACUGUGAUAAAAACACAACCAGUAAGACGUUUAUGGAAACCAUGAGAAUUUGUCCACCAGGUGUAGAAUGUCCAGCUGGAAUGAACAGACAACCAGAUCUAAUCCAAGAUCCUUGCAGAAAGGGACACUAUUGUCCAGCUGGUAAUGUGAGUCCUACACCAGUACCCUGCCCAAUUGGAACAUUUAAUGCAGAACUUGGACGAAGAGAAUUAGCAGAAUGUCAGCAAUGUACUGCCGGGAAAUAUUGUACCCCCACUGGGCUGACAGAGCCUGCUGCUGAUUGUCCUGGAGGUUACUAUUGUCCUCUUGGAACUGGAAAUCCAUUUUCAUUCCCAUGUCCUAUUGGAUUCUAUCGAAAUGGUUCUGCUAAGGAGUCAUUCCAGGAUUGUGCUGAGUGUAUAUCUGGAUUUUAUUGUGAUAGAGAAGGUUUAGCAGAACCAAUUGAUUGCCCACCGGGAUUUUUCUGUGUCAGUGGAAGUACCUUCCCUCAACCUUGUCCUCUAGGAACAUACAGUAACUCAACAGGAUUAAGAAGAAGUACAGACUGUGCACCAUGCCCAGGUGGUAGAUAUUGUGAUGGUAUUGGGCAGACAGAACCAACUGGUCUUUGUGAUGCUGGGUUCUUUUGUCGUGAGAAAGCUUACACAUCAGCGCCUCCUGAUGGUCCAACAGGUGGAUUGUGUCCUGCUGGGGGAUAUUGUCCACAAGGUUCUGCUAUAGGAACGCCUUGUCCUGUUGGCAAAUACAGCAAGUCAGCUGGUGCCAAGACGGAGUUUGAUUGUAUUCCAUGUGAUCCAGGAUUCUUCUGUUCUGGUUCCAGCAGUACUGCAGCUUCUCAGAAAUGUGCAGCUGGGUAUUAUUGUACUGGUGGGGCUGGUGUACCAACACAGUUUGACACUCCUGCUGGCCAUUACACAUCAGAAGGUGCCUUCAAACCUGAACAAUGUCCAACUGGUCAGUAUCAGCCUGCACAGAGAUCAUCUUCAUGUUUGGUUUGUCCACAAGGUUAUUACUGUAAUGGUACUGGAACAAUCGAACAAAUUAUCUGUCCUGCUGGCUAUUACUGUCCAGAAGGAAGUGGUUUUCCUGUCCCAUGCCCAAGAGGAACAUUUUUGAAGGAUGUUGGGCGAUAUGAAGAAUCACACUGUGAUUUAUGUACAUCAGGCUUUGCUUGCGAAUCAGUAGGAUUAUCGGCACCAAACAUUAAUUGCAUUGCGGGCCAUUAUUGCACUCUUGGUGCUAAUACCUCAGAACCAAUUGAAAUGCCAUUUGGAGAUUUGUGUCCAGAGGGAUAUUUCUGUCCAAAUGGAACUGGUAAUUAUGUAUCCAAUCCUUGUAGUAAUGGAACAUACUCUAAUUACACUGGUUUACAUGAUGGAAUAGGUUGUACCCCAUGUGACCCAGGUCUGGUGUGUAAUGGACGAGGUCUCGUAGAACCCAAUGGUGUCUGUGCAGCUGGUUAUUUUUGCAGACGGGCAGCUAAGACUGAUAAACCAAUGGAUGGAGGUGCCACAGGAGAUGAAUGUCCCAAAGGUCAUUAUUGUCCUGCAGGAACAGGAGAACCAAAACAAUGUAUUCCUGGGUCUUUUACUAAUGUAACUGGUUUAGAUUAUUGUUUUGACUGUCCUGUUGGUUUCUAUUGUGUUGAUGGUGAAAUUCCGUUAAGAUGUCCAAGAGGACGCUACUGUCCAGGCAAUACAACAGCUGCACAACCAUUCUGUCCAAGAGGAACGUACAAUCCUGAUUUAGGUAUGCCAUCUAUAGAUGAUUGUAAACCAUGUAAAGGAGGCUUCUACUGUGAUAGUCUAGGUGCCAUUGAUUUUGAUUUUAGUGUCAAUGGGACAGGAACAGGUCCUUGUGCUGCAGGUUAUUUCUGUAAAUUGGGUGUGAACAUCAGUACACCAACUGUUCAUACAUCUAGUGGAAUAGGUGGGCCUUGUCCAGAAGGUUUCUACUGUCCAUUACAAACAGAAGAUCCUAUACCAUGUCCAAAUGGUACCUACAGAGAUACUCAGUUUGGUGCAAAGCUUGGCGACUGUAUACCAUGUAAAUUAGGAAAGUAUUGUGGUUCAACAAACCUAACAGAUGCAACAGGACCAUGUUCUCAAGGCUUCUACUGUCUCCGUGGAAACAAUGUACCUGAUCCUACAGGUUCAGAUCCUGCAAUAGGUGGUCCAUGUCCUGUCAGCCAUUAUUGUCCAGAGGGAACAUCAUAUCCAUUAGAAUGUCCAGCAGGAACAUACAAUAACAUAACUGGACAAGCUGUCUGCUUUUCUUGUCCAUCAGGUUAUUUCUGUCCAGAAAAUAUAACUGACUAUGAACUUUAUCCAUGUCCUGAAGGACAUUUCUGUCUCAGUGGCACUGAAUACAGUACUCAACAUCCAUGUCCAAGAGGCUACUAUAGAAACUUUACCAGGGGUCAAUCUAUGGCUGAUUGUUUCCCAUGUCCAGCAGGAGAAUAUUGUAAUAACCAGGGAUUGAAGGAGCCAGUUGGUUUAUGUACUGCAGGUUAUUUCUGUGUAUUGGGAGCAUGGUCAGAUAAACCAACCGAUUAUAAUAACUUUACAUCUGGAGAUUGUCUGUGUCCUAGUAAUUCUACAGGUGGAGAAUGUCAACCAGGUUUUUACUGUCCUACUGGAUCUGAUGAACCUGUAUCAUGUAGAGAAGGCAGUUAUUGUGCUAUAGCAGGAUUGGCUGAUGUAAGUGCCCCAUGUAAAGAAGGGUAUUACUGUGGUUUACAAGCUAUAAGGAAUGAUCCCACUGAUGGUAUAACAGGCAAUCUAUGUCCUCAAGGAAGAUAUUGUGGACAAGGAACAACAAGUGAACAACCUAAAUGUCCAAGUGGAACGUUCUCCAAUAGAACUGGUAAUAUCUUAGUCACUGAUUGUUUACCAUGUACACAAGGAUAUUAUUGUGAAUCGGAAGGUCUAGUAGCACCAACUGCUCCUUGUAGUGAAGGUUAUUAUUGUCCAACUGGUCAGAAUAAAAGUGAUCCCUUCAUCUGUACAUCUGGUCACUAUUGUCCAACUGGUAGUUUUGAAGAAAUAAAGUGCCCAUCUGGAACAUAUCAAGAUCAAAUUGGACAAGGAUUGUGUAAGGAGUGUGUAGCAGGAUAUUAUUGUAAUAAUGCAGACAAUUUAGAUUCCUACCUACCCUAUCCAUGUCCUGCUGGUUAUUACUGUCCUAAUGCUACCAAAUGGCCAGAACAAUAUGGCUGUCCCUUAGGAACGUACAGUCCUAAUACAAAACUAGAAAGUGUCACAGAAUGUCUUAAAUGCGAUGCUGGAAAAUAUUGUGGUUUUAUUGGCUGGAGUAAUGUUACAGGUGAUUGUUCAGCCAGAUACAUCUGUUAUGGGGGAUCUUCUACACCAACACCAACUGAUGGAAUAACAGGAAAAUCAUGUCCAGAAGGACAUUAUUGUCCAAAGGGAAUACCAGUUCCUGAACCCUGUCCUCUUGGAACAUCGUCAAACAGCACAGGACUUGGUGUAUCUGGAGAAUGUCAACCAUGUACUGGAGGAUUUUAUUGUGAUGAAACAGGAUUGACAACACCAUCUGGGGCUUGUGAUGCAAGAUUUUAUUGCAGCUCUGGUGCAGUUACUUCUAAUCCAUCUAAUGGUAUUACAGGAGAUACAUGCACAAUUGGUCAUUAUUGUCCACAAGGAACUGCCGUACCUAUACCUUGUGCAGAUGGCACUUACAUGCCUAUUACUGGAGCAGACACAUGUUUUAACUGUACCCCUGGUCAUUAUUGUAUUUCACAAACCACCCCAGAAGAUUGUCCACCAGGUUAUUACUGUCCCGAGGGCACUGGAGUCUUAUGGCAGUCAUGUCCACAAGGAACCUUUAGCAUAGCAAUCCAAUUAUCAGAUGCUGAUAAUUGUACUCAGUGCUCUGGAGGAUUCUACUGCUCACAACCAAAUGCCACAUCCAUCACUAGUGAAUGUGAUGCCGGAUAUUAUUGUACAUUAGGUUCCAACACAGCCACUCCAGAUACAGGGUUUACCGGUGAUGCAGGACCUUGUCCACCAGGUUAUUAUUGUCCAAGAAGAACAACAACACCAUUGAAAUGCCCAUCUGGUACUUUCAGCAAUAACACAAAACUUAAAAGUUCAUCUGAAUGUACGCUUUGUUCUUUUGGUAUGUAUUGUGCAACAGAAGGACUAACUGAACCAUCUGGAGAAUGUAGUGAGGGAUUCUUCUGUUUACAAGGUGCAUCCUCAGCUAACAAUCCAUCUUUGGACAGCACAGGAGGACCAUGUCCUGCCGGAAACUUUUGCCCUAAUGGAACUUCUUACCCACUAGGAUGUCCAGCAGGAACUUACAAUCCUAAUACUGGAAUGAAAGAAUGUACACUAUGUCCAGCUGGCUACUACUGCCCAGAAAAUUCAACAUCAUUUUCUGGAAACAACUGUCCACAAGGUUUUUAUUGCACAAUAGGCACCAAGCAUCAGUAUGAAUUCCCAUGUCCAAAAGGUACAUAUAAUCCAACUUCUGGAAAACAGAAAGAAGAAGACUGCACACCUUGUGAUCCAGGCUAUUAUUGUGCUACUCCUGGCAGUUCUGCAACAACUGCACCAUGUUCUGAAGGCUGGUUUUGUAUACGAGGUGCAUGGAGUGCCCAACCUACAGAUAUUGGUAACUUUACCACAAUGGAUUGUUCAUGUCCAGCUAAUUUAACUGGUGGUCAAUGUCAACCGGGUCAGUUCUGUCCACCAGGAUCAUCAGAACCUCAACCUUGUCUACCAGGUUAUUAUUGUGAUAUUGCUGGGUUAGCUAAUGUAACAGGUCAAUGUUAUCCUGGUUAUUAUUGUAUGGCUUCUGCUACAAGACCAGAUCCACAAAAUGAUGUAACUGGAGGAACGUGUCCGAGUGGCAACUAUUGCCCGGCUGGUACAAGGGAUCCUGUUAAAUGUCCACCAGGCUAUUUCUCUAAUGCUACGGGCAAUGUGGAGUUUUCAAACUGUCUACUCUGUACACAAGGAAUGUAUUGUGCUAGCUAUGGUGCUGAUAGUCCAACUGGAAACUGUGAUGCUAACUAUUAUUGUCCACCUGGACAGAACACUAGUACACCUAAUGAGUUUGUCUGUACACCAGGCCAUUAUUGUCCAUCUGGCAGUCCCACUCAAAUAGCCUGUGAUUCAGGAACAUAUCAAGAUGAAUUUGCACAGUCGAGUUGUAAAGUGUGUCCAGAGGGAUAUUAUUGUGAUGGUACUAUACAGAAUGAUACAGUAUGUUCACAUGGUGUUCAAAAUCCAUCACCAUGUCAACCAGGUUAUUACUGUCCUCAAGGUACAAAGAUAUCCACCGAGUUUGGAUGCCUGUUAGGGACAUUUAGUGAUAAGAAAAAUUUGAAAACAGCAGGGGAAUGCACUAAUUGCACAGGUGGUACUUAUUGUGAUAGAACUGGCCUUUCGGCACCUAUCGGUCCAUGUAGUGGUGGAUAUUAUUGCAUACAGAGUGCUCAGUCAGCCACACCAACGGAUGGUAUAACAGGAAAUAUCUGCACACCUGGUUCCUAUUGUCCAGUUGGUUCUAAUUCAACGUUACAAUGUCCACCAGGAACUUACAACCCAGUUUCAGGUUUGGAAUUUGAGAGCCAGUGCUUGGGAUGUACAGCAGGUCAGUAUUGUCCAAACUAUGGUAUGACCUCACCAAUUGGUAAUUGUUCUGCAGGAUACUACUGUUCAGGAAAUGCAUCAACAUCAACACCAUUGGAUAGUGCAACGGGUAACAAAUGUCCAAUUGGUCACUAUUGCCCAGCAGGAACUCCAAAUCCAAAACUGUGUGAACCAGGAACAUACACAGACACAGAAUUAAAUGCAGUAUGUCUAGAGUGUACACCGGGUCAUUUCUGCAUCACUGGAUCAAAUCCAGAACUCUGUCCAGCUGGAUACUAUUGUCCUAAAGGUACUGGUCACAUAUGGCAAUCUUGUCCUCCUGGUACAUUCAGCUCCUCAACUGGUUUAGCAAAUAUUACCCAAUGUACUCAAUGUACAGGUGGUUAUUUCUGUAAUCAACAUAAUCAGACAGUUGUCACAGGUACUUGUGAACCAGGAUAUUUCUGUAGAUUAGGCGCAGACUCAGCAACACCAUCUGGUUUAGGGAGUGGAGAUGCUGGGCCAUGUCCUUCUGGCUAUUAUUGCAGUCAACAAACUCAGGAUCCAUUCAAAUGUCCAUCAGGAACAUUUAAUAAUAAAACAAAGAUAACAACAAAGAGUGAAUGUCAGCUGUGUCUACCAGGAUAUCAUUGUCCUUUACCUGGACUGAUUUAUCCCACAGGUCUCUGUGACCCAGGAUUUUAUUGUUCUGAAGGUUCCAACUACUCAAGCCCAUCAUUAACAACAUCAACAGGUGGACCCUGUCCUGUUGGGACAUAUUGUGAAGCUGGAUCAAGUACACCAAGAAAUUGUCCGGCAGGUACCUUCAAUAGCGUAGAACAAAUGGUAAAUUGUACUGAGUGCCCUGGAGGAUAUUAUUGUGAGGCUGGAGCAAAUUCAACAACAGAAUGUCCAAAGGGACAUUAUUGUCCAUCGAAAACAGAAUACUCUAACCAAUUCCCAUGUUCAAUUGGUACAUUUAACAAUAACACAAGAGGUAAAGAUACAAGUGAUUGUCAGCUUUGUCUUCCGGGAAUGUACUGUUCAGUUCCUGGAUUAGUUGAACCAGAAGGACAUUGUGCUGGUGGAUGGUAUUGUAUUCUUGGAUCUGGGUCACAAAACCCUUCUAAUGCAGCAAAUACAACUAUAGGAGGAAAAUGCUUAACCGGAAAUUUUUGCCCUAUAGGAUCAGAUUCUCCUUUGCCAUGCCUCCCCGGACAUUUUUGCUCUUCGGAUGGACUAGCUAAUGUAACUGAUCAGUGUGAUGCUGGCUAUUACUGUUCAGGAAGUUCUACAAUUCAAAAUCCUGUAAAUGAGAGUUUUGGAGAUGUUUGUCCAAAGGGCCAUUACUGUCCAAAGGGGAGUUCAUUGCCAAUUGCUUGCUUAGAAGGAACAUUCAGUAACCUAUAUGGGAACAUAAAUAUUUCUAGCUGUCUACCCUGCACACCUGGUAAAUACUGUUCUGGUGUUGGACGUGCCUUGCCAAAUGGUGACUGUAGUGAAGGGUGGUUCUGUCCAGAAGGAAUGAUUCAGCCUCAGCCACCAGGAAAUCAAUGUCUUGCAGGUCACUCCUGUCCUCAAGGCAGUCCCAAUCAAACACCAUGUCCUUCUGGAUUUUAUCAACCAUUAACUGGAAAAGGAAAUUGUAUAGAUUGUUCUGCUGGUACCUACUGUGACCAAAAUGAAGCUAUAGCAGAACAACAGAGUGGAUUUGGAGCCCUGUCCCAUGGUGUUGUAACUCCUAAAGUUUGCCCAGCAGGAUUUUAUUGUAUGAACAAUACUAAGACUUCCAGAGACAAUGCCUGUCCGCUUGGUACAUACAGUAAUACAACAGGUUUAGAAAUUUUCACAGAAUGUAGAGAUUGCCCACCAGGAUAUUAUUGUGAAGCUGAAAACAUCACCCAACCAACAGAUAAAUGUUUUGCAGGGUAUUAUUGUGUCUUGGCAUCAAAAACACCAACUCCAAGUCUAUCAGCAUCGGGUGGUCCUUGUGCUCAAGGAACAUACUGCCCUGAGGGUUCUUCUCAACCAACAUCUUGUCCACAAGGAACAUUUGGAGACAGAGCUUUACUUGCCUCUUUAGCAGAUUGCACUGCUUGUCCACCUGGUCUGUAUUGUGCCAUGUCAGGACUUUCUGCUCCUAAUGGAAGUUGUUUAGCAGGAUUUUUCUGCAUCAAUGCUUCAGAAGAAGCUAACCCGAUAGGAAAAUCUUAUGGAGAUGAAUGUCCUGUAGGUUAUUUUUGUCCCGAAAACAGUUACCAACCAACUGCAUGUCCUGCUGGAACAUAUCAACCUUUUGCAAGGAGGGUGAAUAGUUCAGAUUGUAUUGCUUGUGAUCCAGGGAAAUUCUGUAAUGCUACUGGAGGAUCUCAAACAGCAGGAAACUGCUUUGAGGGGUUUUACUGUAAAGGUGGUGCCAGCAGUCCUACACCGUAUGAUGACAUUACAGGAAAUAUCUGUCCAGCAGGAUCAUAUUGUCCAGAAAGUUCACCUCAACAUUAUUACUGUGCUAAUGGUACUUAUACCAAUCAUACUGGUGCUGCUUCUUGCUAUGAUUGUCCUGAAGGUCAUUAUUGUGUCAACAGAGAUAGAGCGGAUCCUUGCUUACCAGGUCACUAUUGUCCAUUUAAAACUGGUGCAGAUCUACAACCAUGUCCGUCUGGUACAUACAAUCCUAUAUAUGGUAUGAGCAAUAUAAGUCAUUGUAUAGCAUGUGAUGGUGGUAAAUAUUGUCAAACCCCAGCUUUAGAUUCUGUUACUGGUGAUUGUUCCGCUGGAUAUUACUGUUCUUCAGGUGUGGACACUGCUACCCCAUCUGGUGGACAUACUGGCGAAGGAGGGGUUUGCCCUGUUGGUUACUAUUGUCCAGAAUCCUCAGUUUUACCACUGUCCUGUCCACCAGGCAGUUACAGUGACAGUGCUGGUCAAGUUAACUGUACCAUGUGCCCUGCUGGUUUUUACUGUGUAGAGAAUUCCACUACAUUUGAUGAACAGAUUUGUCCAGCUGGAUACUACUGUCCACCAGGAACAACUAAUCCCAUGGCAUAUCCAUGCCCUAAAGGCACAUACAAUCCUACCAAUGGUAGUAAUUCAGCUGUUGAUUGUUUGUCUUGUCCUCCUGGAAAAUAUUGUGAAGUUGAUGGCUUGUCAGAACCUACAGGAAAUUGUUCAACAGGAUGGUAUUGUACAGGGAAUUCGUAUUCUGACCAACCAAUAACAACCCAAAAUGUCACUAGUCUGCCAGAUUGUGUUUGCCCACUAACUAAUUAUACAGGUGGUAAAUGUUGGCCAGGGACAUAUUGUCCAUCCGGCACUAAUUAUCCCAUACCCUGUACAGAGGGUAUGUACUGUAUGCUGUAUGAACUGGAAACACCACAAGGUCUUUGUAAUCCUGGUUACUACUGUAAUGGUGGUGCAUCACGUCCAGAUCCCCCGUCUGCUCUAUGUCCAUCAGGAUAUUAUUGUGAAGAAGGCUCUAAGACACCAACACCAUGUCCUGCAGGAACCAUGAGUAAUACUAAUGGAAAUACCAAUGUUACUGAUUGUGAUUUGUGUACCCCUGGCUAUUACUGUACAGGAUUAGCUAAUACCAAUUAUACUGGUCAGUGUGAUGCUGGCUAUUAUUGUCCUUCGGGCCAACAAUCACCUACACCAUUAGACUAUAAUUGUACAGUUGGUCACUAUUGUCCACAAGGUAGUGGUCAACCUGUCAUCUGUGAUCCCGGUUAUUAUCAAAAUGAAAUUGGACAAAGUUUAUGUAAGACAUGUCCUGCUGGAAGUUACUGUGAUCCUGUAGAAGAAGGUGUUGUUACUGGAGACCCGGAUCAUGGAGUGGUAACUCCUGAAGACUGUCCAUCUGGCUACUACUGCCCAUCACAAACUGGUGCCAAAACAACCUUUCCUUGUCCACCAGGAAGUUUUAGCAACGGAACUCAGCUACAGACAGAAAGUCAAUGUCAGCCAUGUAAAGGCGGUUAUUACUGUGAUUCUCCAGGAUUAAUUUUACCAACUGAUCUAUGUGAUGCUGGUUUUGUAUGUGUUAGUGGUGCCAAUAUAUGUGCUCCAACAGAUGGUAUAACAGGUUAUAAGUGUCAACCAGGCUAUUAUUGUCCCAGAGGUUCUUACCAAGGCAUCAAAUGUCCUGCUGGAACAUUCAGCAACCAGGUGAUGUUACAGAAUGUCACAGAAUGUCAACCAUGUCUGCCAGGAACAUACUGUGAUGUUGACGGUUUGACCUCUCCAGCAGGAAAUUGUACCAGUGGUCACUAUUGUACCUUAGGUGCAAUUGUCCAAAAUCCAAGUAGUCAGUCAUAUGGAGAUUAUUGUUUAGCUGGUCACUAUUGUCCAGAAGGUAGUGGAGCAUCUGAACCAUGUCCAGUAGGAAAAUAUUUGCCUGAUACUGGCAGGCAGUCUAUUAUUGAUUGUCUGGAUUGUCCAGGUGGAAAGUAUUGUGCUCAAGAAGGAAUGACAAACUACACAGGUGAAUGUGACGCAGGAUAUUAUUGUGAAAGCUCAUCAAACUCUAGCACUCCUAAUGAUGGUGUAACAGGAGAUAUAUGCCCACCCGGUUUCUAUUGUCCCGUAGGUUCAUCAAUACCAUUACCAUGUGAAGAUGGUACAUAUAUGAACCACACCUUGGCUAACGAAUGUGAUCCAUGUCCAGCAAGAUAUUAUUGUGUUAACAAAGAUCAUCCCGACCCUUGUCCUAAAGGUCGAUUCUGCCCACCAGUAACUGGCUUUAACAUGUCUCUAUGUCCGAGUGGUACCUAUAAUCCUACAGAGAUGUUGAUGGAAGAAUCAGAAUGUAGUCAUUGUGAUGGAGGAUAUUAUUGUGAUGUACCGGGAUUAAUCAACACAACAGCCAAAUGUGCACCAGGAUAUUAUUGUCAAAGCGGUGUGAAUACUGCUGCACCAAAUAAUAACAAUACUGGAUUUGGUGGUGAAUGUCCAGUUGGUCACUAUUGUCCAGAAGGAACAAUAAAUCCUAUAGGUUGUGAUGCUGGAACUUAUACUGAUAUCACACAUCAAGCCGUCUGCUUCUCAUGUCCUGCUGGUUAUUAUUGUCUAGCUAACUCUACUACAUAUAUAUCUACACCUUGUCCUACAGGAGCGUAUUGUCUUAUUGGUACCCAGACAGCCCGACAAUAUCCGUGUCCGUCAGGAACUUACAAUAAUCAGACACAUGGAGAUAAUAUGUAUGAUUGUCUACCUUGUCCAGGUGGUGAAUAUUGUAGUGGCGAUGGUUUAGCUGAACCAACAGGACAAUGUGCUGAGGGAUGGUUUUGUUCUGGUGGAGCAUUUACAGAUAAACCAUCACCCAUAGUUAAUACUACUGAUGAUUAUAGUAUUAAUACCACCUGCCCCCUCUUCUCUAGAAAUAAUACAGGAGGUAUCUGUACACCAGGUACAUAUUGUCCACUUGGUAGUUCUCAACCAGUACCAUGUCCAUUAGGUCAGUACUGUGAAAUACAUGCUCUGUCUAGUCCAUCUGGUGAUUGUCAUGCUGGUUAUUUCUGUAAUGGUAGUUCUAUAGUUCCUAAUCCACAACCAUGUUCUAACGGUCAUUAUUGUACAAACGGUACAACUGUAGAAGCACCUUGUCCACCCGGAACUUAUUCAGAUCGUGAAGGCAAUGUUAAUAUCAGUGAUUGUCAGCCAUGUAGUGCAGGAUUCUAUUGUCAAGAAUUUGGAUUAUCAACACCAAAUGGUGCAUGUGAUGCUGGUUAUUUCUGUCCAGAAGGUCAAGCAUCUCCAAGACCUGUAGAUUUAGCCUGUAGUCCAGGUCACUUCUGUUUGUCGGGUAGUUGGAAUCAAACAGGCUGUCCAUCGGGAACAUUCCAGCCUCACUGGAAGAAAAGUGAUUGUGAUGUCUGCCCAGCUGGUUCUUACUGUAAGGCUUUUGGAGAUUAUGAAACACUAGAUGAUGCAAAUAUUACCUCUUCUGGUAACUUCUCUGGAAGGUAUCGAAGUUACAGAGGCGUUUCGGUGCCAACAAUUUGUGCUGCUGGUUCCUAUUGUCCAGAUGGUACAAAACAUGACAAAGAAUAUCUUUGUCCUAAGGGUAGUUAUAGCAACAAGACAGGAAUAUCCAGUGAUACUCAGUGUACACCAUGUGAUCCAGGGUCUUAUUGUUCAGGAGAAGGUAAUAGAGAAACCACAGGAUUAUGUACGUCUGGUUAUUUCUGUACACUAGGAGCUUAUAAUUCAACACCAACUGAUGGUGUUACAGGAGAUAUCUGUCCGAUGGGAAAGUAUUGUCUAGCAGGAACUAUCAAUGGCGUAGGUUGUCCGAUUGGUACUUUCAGUAAUAUAACAGGUCUACUGGCAGACACAGAUUGUCAGAAAUGUACCCCAGGUCAUUAUUGUAGUAGAACAGGUUUAAUAUCCGAGUCAGGGACAUGCUGGGCUGGAUAUUACUGUAGCUUGAGCUCAGAAGAACCAGAUCCAGUAGGUAAACUAUAUGGUGAUAAAUGUACAGCUGGAAACUAUUGUCCUAAUGGUACAGCAUCUCCGAACCCAUGUCCUCCAGGAACAUUCUUAGAUCAAAUUGGCCUCGGUGAUGAAAGUGACUGUAUUCGUUGUAGUGCAGGAUCGUAUUGUGAAAGUUGGGGUCAGACCAAUAUAACAGGAUUAUGUUCUGCUGGAUAUUACUGUACAUCAAGAGCAAAUAACUCUAAUCCAACAGAUGGUAAUACAGGUAAUAUUUGUCCUAUUGGUCAUUUCUGUGAGGAGGGGUCAGUUUCUCCUGGUCCAUGUCAAAAUGCCACAUACAUGAAUCACACUGGAGCAUCCAGCUGUUAUAUCUGUCCAGAAGGUCAUUACUGUGUCAGCAGAGAAAGUGCAGAUAUCUGUAGUCAAGGUUACUACUGUCCACAAGGUACUGGAGCAGAUCUACAACCAUGUCCAACCGGCACUUUUGGAAAUGCCUCAGGUCUCAUCAAUGAAUCCCAAUGUACUCCAUGUAGAGGAGGUGAUUAUUGUGGAACACCAGGGUCAUCAGAUACAGAUGGACAAUGUCAAGCUGGAUAUUAUUGUGAGUUUGGUGUGGAUGUAGCUGCACCAUCAGACUCAUCACCUCAUAAAGGUUUAGGUGGAGAAUGUCAUCCAGGUUCAUAUUGUCCUACAGGUUCAACACAACCAGUGCCAUGUCCUGCCGGAACUUAUACAUCAGUUAAAAGAAAGGGAUCAUGUGAUGUCUGUCCUGGAGGAUAUUAUUGUACAGCCAAUACAAGUGAUCCUUACAGCUCACCAUGUCCUAGUGGUCACUACUGUCCACCCGGUACACAAUAUGAUGUCCAGUAUAAAUGUCCACAAGGAACCUAUAAUUCUGACACUACUAAAAGUUCAGCUACAGCAUGUUUAAUGUGUCCAUCUGGUCAGUAUUGUAGUGGACAAGGUAACAGUCAACCAUCAGGGAACUGUAGUGCUGGUUGGUUCUGUUCUGGUGGAGCUACACAUUCUCAACCUAUUAUCUAUGGUAAUUAUACAGUAAAUGAUAUGUGUACCUGUCCAGAGUUUAAUAUAACAGGUGGAAGAUGUAUACCAGGUACAUAUUGUCCUCAAGGAUCAUCAGCACCUGUCAACUGUGAUGCUGGUUCUUAUUGUGAUGAUUACCAACUAUCAACGCCCAAAGGACUAUGUAAAGCUGGAUAUUUCUGUCCAAGUGGUCAGAAUGUGCCUGAUCCAACAGAAUUUAUAUGUUUAAGUGGACAUUAUUGUGGAGAAGGUACAGCCACACCUACUGCUUGUCCUAUAGGAACAUUCUCUAACUCGACCGGUAAUACUAAUAUUACUGAUUGUAAACCAUGUACACCAGGAUUCUACUGUGAUGGAUUAGGAUUAGUUGAAGUUACCAAUCCUUGUAAUGUUGGUUAUUAUUGUCCAGAAGGUCAGAUAACAUCAAGUCCUGUUAGUUAUAUUUGUCCUAAGGGAUUCUAUUGUCCUGUAGGAUCAGAUCAACCCAUAAUAUGUGAGAGAGGAAAGUACCAGUUUGCAUUUGGUCAGUCUAGUUGUGACUCUUGUCCAUCCCGGUUUUAUUGUGACCCAUAUGAAAUGGGUAAUACUACUGGUAUUAUUGAUCCUGUAGAAUGCCCUGUUGGUCAUUACUGUCCUACUGGUACAGGUUAUAAACAACAGAACCCAUGUCCACCUGGUACAUUUAGCAAUACACCAGGAUUUGAAUCAAGUGUUGAAUGUUCAGAAUGUAGUUACGGUUAUUACUGUGCUCAGUCUGGUUUAACAGUACCAGAAGAUAAAUGUGCUGCUGGGUAUUUCUGUCAAGGUGGUGCUAGUAGUCCAACACCAACAGAUGGUACAACUGGUAAUAUCUGCCCUGUUGGUCUCUACUGUGAAGAAGGAUCUGUUUAUGGUACUGAAUGUCCAUUAGGAACAUACAACAAUUUUACUGGACUAAGAUAUGCUAAUGAGUGCAUACCAUGUGAUCCAGGUUACUAUUGUCCAUCACAAGGUUUAAUAAAACCAUAUGAACAAUGUACAGCCGGUUAUUAUUGUGAAAUAGGUUCACCAGAACCUGCUCCUACUGCUAAACUUUAUGGUUAUCUUUGUCCUGUUGGUCACUAUUGUCCACAGGGUACACCGUCACCAGUCCCUUGUAUCAAGGGAACAUAUCAACCAUCUGAAGGAAAGAAGAGUUCUAGUUCAUGUGUUAAUUGUGAUCCAGGUUAUUAUUGUUUAGAAGAAGGUAAUAGUACUGUAACAGGGCAGUGUAUGCAAGGAUUUUAUUGUACCAGUAAAGCACAAGUACCAAAUCCUACAGAUGGUACAACCGGUGAUAUCUGUCCUGUUGGUCACUAUUGUCCAGUCGGUUCGGACCGACCUUUGACCUGUCCUCCAGCCACCUUCAUGAAUCAUACAGGAGCAGAUGUCUGUGACCCAUGUCCAGAAGGAUAUUAUUGUACCAAGAACGAUGAAGCCACACCCUGUCCCCAGGGUUUCUACUGCCCACCUGGUACAGGUGGUAGUUAUUAUCCUUGUCCAGUAGGCACCUUUGGAGCUAAUCAGAAAUUGACCAAUGAAUCUGAGUGUAGUUUAUGUACAGGAGGAUUGUACUGUGCCACACCUGGUUUAUCAGCACCAACCAAUCCAUGUCAAGAAGGAUUCUACUGUGUUUCUGGUGUAAAUGUGGCCACACCAAACAGUGGUAUUUCUCAUACUGGUGUGGGUGACCGAUGUCCAGCAGGAUUUGAAUGUCCACUCAAUUCAACCUAUCCUAUACCUUGUAAUCCAGGUCAAUAUUCACCAACAGAUACUGCGUCUGCUUGUCUUGUAUGUCCUGAAGGAUAUUAUUGUGAGAAUCAAACAGUGACACCUGUAAUAUGCCCUGUUGGACACUACUGUCCACCUGCUACACAGUUUGAUGUACAAUAUCCUUGUCCACAGGGUACCUUUAAUAAUGACACUGGAAGUGGUAAUGAGACAACAGAUUGUUUAGAAUGUCCACCUGGUUAUUAUUGUCAAGGUGUAGGUAAUAAUAAUCCUACUGGGCUCUGUGAUCCAGGUUUCUUCUGUGCUGCGAAAUCUUACCAAAAACGACCAUAUGACCCAGGAUUCCUCACUAGUCUUAAUGGGACUUCAAGUGGUUUAUAUGCCAAUGAUACUUGUACACCAACGUGGGACUGUGUUUGUCCAGACUUCCAUUUAACACGUGGUGGAAUGUGUCCUAUAGGAUAUUACUGUCCACGUGGUUCUAGUAAACCCAAGUCAUGUGAUGGUGGUAGAUAUUGUGCUUUACCUGGUUUAGAAACACCUACAGGAAACUGUAGUAUGGGAUGGUAUUGUAAUGGUACUAGUGCUAUACCUAAUCAGUUUGAAUGUCCAACUGGCCAUUAUUGUAUAGAAGGGACAACAACACCUGAACCUUGUCCAACUGGAACCUUUGCCAAUUCAACCCAUGGUGGUCAGCUAGCUGAUUGCCAGAACUGUACAGCAGGAAUGUUCUGUCAGGGUCUUGGAAAUGUGAUUCAAACAGAUUACUGCGAUGCUGGUUAUUAUUGUCCUGGAGGUCAGAGCUCGAGGACACCAGUAGAUUAUUUGUGUUUACCAGGACAUUAUUGUGAGAGAGGUUCUGCUAUAUCUGUUGUUUGUCCUAAUGGUACCUAUCAGUUAAACUCUGGCCAGAGUUAUUGUGACGACUGUCCUGCUGGAUACUUCUGUGAUCCUAAUGAUGGAAAUAUUACAUAUAUUAAUGGUAUUCCUGUAGCCACUCCAUCUCCAUGUCCAACAGGUUACUACUGUCCACCUAGAACAGUUGCUGCACAAACUUAUCCCUGUCCAAAAGGAACCUAUGGCCCAGAUAUGUAUUAUAGUAAUAUUGGAAACUGUACAGCCUGUCCAUCUGGUUCAUAUUGUGAGAGAAGUGGUUUAUCGUAUGCUAGCGGUGGAUGUUGGGCUGGUUAUUAUUGUACAGGUGGCGCCUCACUACCAACACCUAUAGAUGAUAUGGUUGAUCACAGUAAUAAUAUAACAUUUACUGGUAAUGAUAUGUGCCCAGUAGGAUAUUAUUGUACUAACAGUACUAGUUAUCCUACACCAUGUCCUAUUGGUACAUUCUCUACACAACGUGAAGUCACUAAACCUGAAGAUUGUGAACCAUGUCCUAGAGGAAGAUAUUGUAACAUCAAGGCUUUCACUAAAGUAUCUGAAGCUCCAUUGUGUGAUCCUGGGUAUAUAUGUAUAGGUGGUAGUACAACAGCAACACCCAGUGAUAAUAUAGAAGGUUAUAUGUGCCCACCAGGACAUUUCUGUAUAAAAGGUGCUGAGUUUGAAGAGGGUUGUCCAAUUGGAACAUUCCAGUCUAACCAUGGAUCAGACAAUUGUACUAUUUGUCCUGCAGGUUUUAUAUGCCCGGAUAUGAAUAUGACAUCACCAUUACCUUGUAAAGAAGGUUAUUAUUGUCCGUAUGGUAUAUCACCACAACCAUGCCCUGCUGGUACAUAUAACAAUAAAACUAGUAUGGAGAUUAUUGAUCAAUGUACAAAUUGUUCACCUGGUAAAUACUGUGAAGGUCCUGGUAAUAUUCUACCAACAGGUGAAUGCGAUGGUGGAUAUUUCUGUGAAGGCGGUUCAACUAGUAAAGCUCCGAGCCCAACACCAACUUAUCCUAAUAAUGGUUUAUGUAUAAUAGCUCAUUAUUGUCCACAAGGUACAUCUAGAAUGAUUAAAUGUCCAGCCGGUACUAUCAGAAACAGUACAGGUGGAGCUGUAUUAGAUGAUUGUUUACCAUGUCCUGGUGGAUAUUAUUGUGAGAAAGAUGGUCAGAUAGAAGCUACAGGACAAUGUUCUCCUGGUUAUUAUUGUCCAGCUAAUGAUACAACUAUAUCACCUACACCAUCAGGUCUAGAAUGUCCUGUAGGCUAUUAUUGUACCAUAGGUACUGCCAACCCUAUACCAUGUCCAGCUGGUCAGUUCCAGAUUAAUACUGGUCAGUCAUCAUGUGAAGCCUGUCCUGCUGGAUUCUAUUGUCAGAGUGCUAUAUCUCCAGAACUUAAAGACUGUCCUCCAUACCACUACUGUCCAACAGGAACUGCUUAUCCUAUUUCAUGUGAGAAUGGAACAUUUACAUAUGAUAAUCAGACUCAACUUAAAGCAUCCAGUGAUUGUUCACCAUGUGUAACUGGUCAAUACUGUAGGAAUGGUCAGCUAUAUGGAGAUUGUUCAGCAGGUUUUUACUGUAAAUCUGGGUCUAAAGAAGACAUGCCAAAUAACACAAUUAAUUUUGAUGUAUGUGCCAGUAAUACAGAUUGUUCCGGUUUCUGUCCUAGAGGAUAUUAUUGUCCACAAGGAACUAUCAUACCACUGCCUUGUCCAGAUGAUACAUAUAGAAACACAGUAGGAGCUGAACAACAGAGUGAUUGUAUAAAUUGUCCUGCUGGCUUCCUUUGUCCUGAAGGUACAGCUGAUCCUAUCCCGUGUCCAGCAGGUUUCUAUUGUUUAGCUGGUAAUGGUACUACACCAUGUCCAAGAUUAACAUAUAGAAAUGAUAGUGGUGGUGCUGUAUUAACCGAUUGUUAUCCUUGUGAAGCUGGUUAUUGGUGUAAUUAUACUGGUAUGGCUGAUUAUAUAAACAACUUAUGUCCACCCGGUUAUUUCUGUUUAUCUGGUCAGGAACCAGAAAUAUGUCCAGCUGGUACCAUGAGAGAUACACCCGGUUCCACAGGUCCUGGAGAUUGUCCACUUUGCAGACCUGGAUACUACUGUCCAAAUGAUACAGCCAAUACACAGGGUAUCCCAUGCCAGGAAACUUUUGAAUGUCCAACAGGAGCAUCUUUAGAGAUCGAUUGUCGUCCAGGUCAUUUCUGUAAAGGAACAACCGGUUUCCCACCAAUUUGUCCCGGAGGUUAUUAUUGUCGUAAUGCUACAGAUACACCAAUAGAAUGUCUGAUUCCAACGUAUUGUCCUGAAGGUUCCAACAUGACAUUAAUCUGUCCUCUAGGUUACAUGGCCAACAAUCAUGCCGGAGUUCGAGACAGCAUUUCAAAAUCGUGUCGAAUCUGCCCAGCAGGAACUUAUGGUAACUACACAGAUAGGUCACAAUGUGACCUUUGUCCAUCUGGAUACUAUUGUCCUGAGGGUACUGGACAUGGAGACUCAAAUCCUUGCCCAAUUGGUUCGUAUUGUCCACUAGGUUCAGCAGCACCAUAUAAAUGUCCUGUUGGUAUGUAUGGAAAGGUUUUCCGAGCUGAUAAUUUUGGUCAAUGUGUAAAUUGUCCAGCUAACUAUUACAAUAAUUUGGAAGGACAGAAGGCUUGUCGACCAUGUGGAAGUUCUUCCUAUUCGUCUGCUGGUAGUUCUCAGUGUACAUGUGUGGGUAAAUUCCGUAACUUCCAGGAAUCAGAUGGUGCUUGUAUUUGUAUGUCGGGUUAUAUAUUCUACAAUGAAGUGGAUAAGAAAGUAUCAACAGGAAAUGGUGACGAAGACUGCCAAGAGAUUGUUGAUUUACGAUGUUCACAGUUUGAAACGAGAGUUGCCAGUGAUAGAACAUGUUCACAAGCUGAGGAUUAUGACUGUUCGUCUGCUUGUAUAGAUGCUGGUGGUGUAUUAGAUAUAGAUUUAGGAAGAUGUAAGUGUAACUUGUAUCGUGAAGCGGAUGAAAUCUGUGAUCAGUCUUGUAGAGAAACAAGUAUGCCCUCUGUUGGUUUACAGUUAUUACCAGAUGGUGCUGUAUCUAUUAGUAUUAUUGAUCGAGCUACAGGUGCUUCAACUACACAGACAAUAACAGAUAUUUAUGGGCCAAGUGAACAAACAACCGAGUUGACAACAGUUUUUGUAUGUAAUUUUUAUGAAGAUCGUGUCACAGCAUCACUAUAUAAAGAUCCUUCAGAAGCUCAGCUGUUAUUCACACCAUUACAAGAUCAGGUGACAAGUGAAUCAUUUGGAAGAAGACGUCUGCUAGCUACAUCUGUUCCCGCCAACCAGAUAUCUAACCCAGCUUUAUGUCUGAACGUCAAUGAUGUCAUAUUGUUUAAAGUUUGGUUAAAUGAAACGGAUAGAUCACAGAGUCAUUAUCCAAUUUACCAGAAAGAUCAUCUAUAUAAUACGAAUCCAUCAUUUGACUAUGGACCAUUCACUCAACUAGAAAACCUUCUACUAAAUACUAAUAUCACUAUUACAUCAUUUGCUCAUGUUUUUACGGAAGGUGGAACUUACGUAUUUAAAGAUUCUCAAUCGCCAGACAGGGAUGUAAUUGUAACAGUAAAGCCAGUAGGAUCUACCUGUACAGCUGGUGUAUCACAAAUAGUACCAUCAUCACCAACAAAUCUUAUAGCAUUCGGUAUAGCUAAAACUUCCGUACAGAAUGAAGAACCUGAUUGGGGACUUAUUAUUGGUUUAAUAGCUUUCUUCAGUGCUAUAGUAAUAUUAUUGGUAAUUGCUGUUAUUGUCUGGAAACCUAGAGAUUCUGUCAUCUAUCCCAUGAAACAUUGGAAACCUAAAUAUCGAAGUUUGGGAGCACCACCGCCAGUACCAUCGUAUAUACGAUAUGAUACCGAUCAUUGGCCGGAUAAACACAGCCACUCAGAUCUUGGACCAAGAACUGUUGGAGAUGGAGCUGAAUUUUCAUCUUUACCUUUAAUGGGUUUAAUGAAAGAAGGAGAAUUGGAAGGUUUUAAUGUCCGUAUGUUAUAUGAUAAACUAGAAGAUCAGAAUUUACAUCUAGCAUCACAAUUAGCUAAACAGAAAGAAGAUCUUCAGGGUUUCUAUUCAAGGAUUUGUGAUCAGAAUGAACAACUAAAGAAAUUAUUAAAUGACAUUGAUCCCAAAAAACUAGCCAACAUGGAAUCUAUUAUACAAGUGAGAGAAGGCAAGAAAGCAGCUGAUGGUUUACAGGGUUCAUCAAGUACUGGACCGAAUGUCAUCAAUGCUAAUGUUAAAUAUGGUGGUGUUCACAGACACAAUUUUAACCUGGGUGGAAAUAAUCGAGAAGGUGAAUUGAUGACAGCCUUACAGAUAUUACUGGAGAAACUGAACAAUGGAAAUGUUCCAUUAUCACCUGAAAUGUGGAACCAAAUACAGAAACAACCAACGGAUCAAAAAUAUACUUUAUUGAAAUCAGAUGGCAAUCAGACUCAUGGACAGGGAGAGAUGUUGAGGAAUCAUAAUACAGAAAGAAUGAAUCUGGAGAAAGGAUUAGAGAAUGAUGAGAAACAAGCCUAUAAUAACUUAUUAGAUGAACUUGAUAACAUACGUAAAUUAGCUGUUGCAGAAAAGUCAGAUGACCUUAAAAUCAAAUUACAAGGUGAUUUAACAGAAAAUGAAGUUCAGAAUAUUAUGUCAGACCAUAAUAAAGAUUUGGGUAUCUGUAUGGGUAAAUUACAGUUAAAUAAAGAAAGACAACUAGAAGAAUUAAGGAAGAAAUUAGCCGAACGAAGGAGGAAUAAAGAGAAGCUGUUGAAAGAUAAACAGACAGCUGAGACUGGUAAAGUAGGUCUACCACCUCCUGUACGUGGAACUGAUGAUACCGAUAUAAAAUUAAAACUCGAACAGAAGAGACUUGAUGCUGUAUAUACAGAAGAAGUAUCUGGUAUGGCCAUGGCAGAAACUGAAAUGGAUCACAAUUUGGCUGAGAGAGAAAGAUCACAGAUAUCAGACAACAUGGCAAAUCAAAUUGAAAGCCUUGCAAAUCAAGAACUGCUUGACCGCGAGAAAAUGGCUGAUUUAAUUAAAGAUCAGAGACAACAAGAAGAUAACUUGGCCAAAAAAUUAGAGCACAGACGACAAGAUCAUUUGGAAAAGAUUCGUAAAAACCUAGUCGAAAGAAAGAGAAAACAAAUGAUGGUACUUAGAGAUAAACAAGAAAAAGAAAAAGCAGAGUUGUCUGUUAAAAUGUUAGAAGAGGGUAGUGAAGAAGAUAAAGAGCGUUUGAUAAAAGCUUUAGAUGAGUUACAUGAAGUAGAAGAAGAAGUAUUAUCUGCAGAAUUAGAUCUAGAAGAAAGACAACAAACACAACAAAUAACACAAGCUCUAGAUGAAGAACAUACAACAGAUUUAAAGAGUAUUCAUAGAAACUUAUUAAAGAUGAUUACUGAUAACACUCCUGCUAAAUCUCAACUAGCUGUACAGAGAUUAUUAGAUCAGUUCCGACAAGAUGAAGACAGUUUACAUCAAGAAUUACGUGUUGAAAGAGACAGACAAAUGGCAGACUUUCAGAUUAAACUGGCUGUCAGAAAGGCACGUAAACUUGCUAGUGAUCAACGCAAAAUGGAAGAAGCAGCUGCACAAAGAUUUAUCCAGGAACAGACUCGACAAAUGAGGAAAGAUGUAGGUAUAACUGAUCCUAUUAUCAAUAUAGAUCUACAACAUGUUCCACAAGUACAAUAUGGUGAAAGUACAGAAGAAAAAGCCAUGAAAAAAGAACAGCAAAGGAUUAAAGAUGAUCUGAAGACAAGACAUAAAGAAGACAGGGAUAAACUGGCAGCUAAAUUAGACAGUGAAGUUUUAAAGAGUGAAACUGAUAUGAGAAAAGAACUAGAAAUGGAAAAAGAGAAAUUAUUACAUGAACAGAAGAAUAGACAAGCUGCUGAAUUAGCUGCCAGAACAGAUCUUACCCAAGAUCAAAUUAAUUCUAUGAUGGCAUCUCAUGCUCAAGAUUUGGAGGAUUUGGCUAAUCGAUUGGACGCUCAACAAACCAGACAACAGUUAGAUCUUAGAGACAGAUUAGCCCAAAGACGUAAACUGAAGAUGGCUGAAAUACGCAGACGUCAGGAAGCUGAAUUAACCAAAGAAAUGUUGGAACAACAAAAAGAAUUAGAUGAGGUUAAAUUGAAAGAGGCACAUGAAGUAGAGAAGAAGGCUAUAGAAGAAGGUAUUAGAGAAAACGGCCAGGAAGAAAGUGAUAAAGUUAUACAAGCUGUAUUGGCUAAAAGACACGCCCAGGAAUUGAGAGAUUUAGAGAAUCGAUUUACUGCUAAGAAACGAGUAAUGGUGGAUGAAGCUUUAAAUAUACUUCAUGAUAAAUAUGAUAAGCAGAAAGACAACAUGUUAAGACGACAUCAAGAAGAAUUAAAUAAUCUUAAGAAACAAGGAUUGAGUCCAGAUGAGUUCCAAGAGAAACAAUCUCAAUUAUUAAAUGACCAUCAGAUGGAAUUAUCAAAAUUAGACAAACAGUUGACUGAAAAAGAACGGGAUAUUAAACGUGGUGCAUUAGCUGAUUGGGAAGUUACGUUUGCUAGAGAAAAGCUCAACAUGAAAGAAAAACACUACAAGGAAUUUGCAGAUGCUUUGCGUGAAUACAACCCACAACAUAAUAGUGUUAAAAAAGCAGAAGUCAUGGCUGAAGAACUAGAGGAGGUCAAACAGAAAUUACAAGAGCAAAGAAAAGAAGAAGAGAAUAAAUUAAAACAGGAACAAUUAGAGUUUGAAAGACUUGAGAAGGAGAGAUUAGAAAGAGAUAUGAGCUCUUUUGCCAAGCAACUAGAAGAGGAGACGAAACAAGAGAAAGCUCGUCACGAACAAAGUAUUUCCAGUUUAAAUAAACGUAAAGAAGAAAUAGUUAACGAAAAGAAAGAUGAAUUAAAGAAAGCAAUGGAAAAAUUAAAGGCUGAUGGUGGUACUAAGGAAGAACAAGAACGCUUGAUGCAAGAGCACCAAAGAGAUGUACAGAAUUUGGUGAACAAGAUGGAAGCUGAUAGACUGAGAAUGGACUCCAAACUUCAAGAACGACUUAAAAAACGUAGAGAGGAGAAAAUGAAGAGUAAAGAAAAACAAGUUAAAGAGAAUUUAGAAGAAGAAAAGAGACAACUUGAAGCUAAACAACAAAGUGCUAGAGAAAAACUUCAAACAAAUGAGAUGUUGGCCCUGCAAGAAACUCUAAAUAUUGGUCAAUUACCAACCAGACAAGACCCAGUUGGGAGUGCUGCUGUUACCAGUGACAAUACAUCUCCACCCAAGAAUCCAGAUGUCACCAAAGACAUGCCAACAGCAUUUUCUAAUGCUGCUCCAUUAAAUGAAGCUGAAUUAAUCAAUUUAUUAAUGGCAUCACCUAUGUAUCAAAAACUGGAAGAGAUGAAGAAAACUAUAGCUAAUGGUGGUCUUAAACCUUCAUCUAAAUCUUCAGGAAGUAGCCAUGUAGACAGCCGAGAAUCGGAAUGGGAAUCAGAUAAAGAAUUAAAACCUGUGGAUUUAAAUAAAGUGAAUGCGAGAACCUUUGUCAUUUAUAAAUUUGGAUGCUUUGUUUCCGAUCUUAUUGCCUGUCACUGUAAUCAUAGUCCUGUCACCAUUUUACUAGCAGACCAACUUCCACCCAACAAACAACUCACCAGAAAUAUGUACAGAAAUUCAUUCCAUUAUGAUGCCAGUAAUCAUAUAUUAUAUAUUAGAGUGGCCAGAUUACAAACAGUUGGAGAAUUUAUUUUAGUACUAGUUCACACGCUAGCACACAUCAAAUCAGGUGAUCUAACUGAUGACUCAAAUCCUGACUUUACAAGAGAAUAUCAGCGAGCUAUAGGUGUUGUGUGUAAUGACCUUUUCUUUGCCCGGUAUCAUCAGACAUCGAAUACUGCUAAAAAACUAGCAACAGCUUCAGCUAAUGGAGAUGUUGGCGCUGCUGAUAAACUUUUACAAUCUGUGUUUGGUCAAGCUGAAAAUGAGUCUAUAAAAGCUGGAAUGGUUGAUGACCUUUUGGAUGUCAAAGUUCAUACGGGAACAGACGUGAAAGGAGCUAAAUUUAACAAAGAUAAAAUACAAGAUAGAUUACAUCAAUAUUCUAAUUAUACCAAAAACAAUGAGCUACAUAAAAAUCUGGGAGACUUGGAGGAGAAAAUAAUACAAAGUAAUGUUCAAGGUUCAACAUAUUCAGUUGAUCAACAAAUCUCUAAAUUAACUGAGAAAUACUCCACAUCAGGGGCAGCAACAAUGAAGAAGGCUCCAACAAGUUAUAUUAUGGCCAACAUGACAGGUGAAGCUUUAUGGAACUCGUAUAUUAAUCAACAAAAUGAACCUGCAACUGUUACUGUGGAUAGUUCAACUGAUCAACAGGGGAAUACAGAUGAACUUUUGGCAGAUUUUGCUGAUAUGAGUCGUAAAAUAUUAACAACAUCUGACCAUAUUAAAAAACUGGAAGAAGAAAUAACCUCGGAAAUGGAAUUAACUGAUAAAGCUAAAGGAAAAGAUAAACAGAAUCACGCUGAGUUACAUAAAGCAGCGGUGAAGAAAUUAGCCGAAGCUAAACAAGAACUGACUAAGUUGGAAGUAGAAAAAUCACGACUAACGGAACUAUUUAAAGAUGUGCUGGUUGUCCAAAACACUUAAUAAUUCCAAAAAUAAUUAUUAUUUGCAAGAAAAAGCAUAAUCAAAAGUAAUUGGGAUAGUGCCUAUAUUUUUUUUAUAAUUAAAUUAUUUUUAUUUAGAUAUAUUCCUACUGUGAUAUCAAUCUUAAUGAACAUAAAACAGUAUUGUAGAUUAUUUUAAAUGUUUUUGUCUGUACACGUAUAUUUUUUUUAGUGAGAGAUGUUCAAAAUCUUGUUAUACUGUUAUGUAAAAAGUAUGAGUUUUAAAGUAAUUAUAUUUUAAUCUGAAUGAAGAUGCGCUGGUAGCAUCCAAUCCAUCCUAAUUGAAUAUACAUUCCGUCCAUCUCUGUAUAUGAAGAUUAAUAUCUACAUAAUAUAUGUUUAAGUUCUACAUAACAUAACCCGUCCAAUGAAAUUUUAUAUGAUGCAAUAGUUUAAAAUGAUUUAUAGUUUUUUCACUUUGUAUUUUAUGAUAUGUCUAUUUAUUUUUCCUGUUUUUAUAUUCUUGCUUUGAAUAUAUAAUAAAUUUAU